AUUAGGUUAGAUGAUAUAGUUGUGUAGGCAUGUAUUAGAUUAAGUUAGGUUAUUUGUUAGAUGAUGUAUUAUAUUAGAGAUUGUUUUGUAGUUGUUAGAUGAUGCAGUUCUUAUAGAAGAGUUUGAAAUAUAUGAUAGGUGUAUGAUAGGUGUAUGUAUAUGAUAGUUCUUAUAGAAGGGUGUAUGUAUAUGAUAGGUGUAUGAUAGGUGUAUGUAUAUGAUAGUUCUUAUAGAAGGGUGUAUGUAUUUGCCUUUGUUUAUUUUUUUACAAAAUAAACUUACUAAAUUCGAUGUAAUUUUUUGUAGGAUGGCGGAUGAUAAUGACCCUUGGUAUGAUGGAUUAAUAGAAGAGUUUAACAGAGUGCACCGUGGUCGUGCAAUUGAGAAUCGUAAGGUAUGAUGGAUUAAUCGAAGACUUGUCAAUUAUUUGUGUUUGUCGUACUGAUAUGUUGCAGAAUGUAGUAGCUAUGCGCAUGAGGGGUCAUGGUGCAAAUGACUUUUCAUACGACGUGUGAUAUGAGCCAUACAUUUCAAGGUUGGGUCUGCUGCCCUUUGUUUUGCAAUUCAAGAAGAACCCACCAUCGGUGAACCAUGAAGCCCUCACCGCACUGACUGAUUGUUGGAGGCCCGAGACACACUUUUUCCACCUUCCUUGUGGGGAGAUGACGAUGACCUUAGAGGACAUGGUCAUGAUAAGCUGCCUUCCUCUCAACGGCGGGUCAUGCCAGUGCCGUUAACUGGCGACAGCGGGUUGACGUCUUAAUUGGUGUUGAACCCCCUCCCCAUCUGACAGGCAAGCCUGAUGCCUCAAAAGUGAAGCAUUCAUGGUUAAAAGAAGUGAGAGGAGCACCGUGCCUUGCGGAUGUCGAUGAUAUUGUCGUGCAGCAAUAUGCUCGGGCCUAUCACUGGUAUAUAUUAACCAAAGUAGUCUUCACAGACGCAACCGGUAACUCGGCACUCUAGAUGUAUUUGGAGCGCCUAAGGAACUGGAAUAUUCAGUUUAGCUGGGGUUCAGCAUCACUAUCAUACUUGUAUCGUCAGUUGGAUCAGGCUCAAUGAGAAUAAGAGAAUCAUCUUCAUUGUGUGGGUUUGUGUGGAGUUUCUCUGUGUGGAUGUGGGAGCGGUUGCCGGUUGGACGACCCAUGUUAAAGAACCCUGAUAACCCAAAACCCCAAUCCACAUGAAAGACUUCAUGAUGAAGAUCCAUAUCGUCGUCCGACAGUUGCUUAUCAUUGGAAUCAGGUGUCUGUUUACACAUGAAGCUCUCGUGUGCGAUACAAGUGUUAUGUGAACGAGUUGGAUACCUUAACUGCUGAGCAGGUUUUCUGGCGGCCUUAUGAGGAAGAUCGUGAGUACGACCUCAAUCAGAUGUGCACGCGUGAUAGUAAUAUUUGGAGGUCUAGGUGUCCAAUGAUAUGCUUUUACGCUGUCGAGUUCCACUUUGUAGACCGUGUUGCCAGGCAAUUUGGGAAACGCCAAGGUAUUCCAACUGAGGAGACCAGGAGUGCAAUCACAAGUCUGCAUGGGUUCAGUCGAAGGAACAAUCAAGAUACAUCGGAUUGGGCUGCCAAACACCAUCACCGGAUAUCAAUGUGGAAUCAGAGAGCAACGUUAAUUGACAAAGAGAAUAGACCCCACAAUGAUUCUGCCUACCAGAAUUAUCUUGUGUGGUAUGCGGAGCGUUACCGGUUGAAGCUUAAGCCAGGUUGGACUAGGGAAGAGUGGUCUGAGUUGGUGUCAGAAGAUCCAUAUGCUGCAGAAGGGUAUCAUGCCUUCAACAUGGUUGUGCGAGAGACCGGAGGGAGUCAAGUGGACUAUGCACCCAUGCAUGACGAACUGGGUAGAGAGUUCCUUAUGUCCGUGAACGAUGCCAAUGUAGCACUUAGUCAUUCCCGAGGAGGUGCAUCAUCUGAGAGAACUCUUAGGACCACGUUGGAGAAGUUUAAGUCAAGGUUCCACAAGUGGGUAGCUAUGCUUUCUUGCCACGGUGCUUAGUCCGUGGACGUGUUUACAGCUGGUACAAGCCGCUCCUCUAGAGCUCGACGUCGUCAACUGACCAUCGAUGACAUAGAAGAAGAAGAACAAAUAGAAGAGGAGACGACACAUGAGCAUGAGGUAGAUAUUGAUGCUCCACAACCGUCACAGUCCAGGAAGAAGAAGACACCACGUGCGGCGAGAAAGAAGAGAUUAAAUUCUCGGUUUUGUAGUCCGGAGUAUAAUCGUAAGCUUUUGCCUAAGGGGAUGCGGUAUGCGGAAGAAGAGGAAGACGAGGAAGAGGAAGAGGAAGAGGAGGAAGAUAUAGAAGAGGAAGAGGAAGAAGAGGAGUCUAGCGAAGAAGAGGAGGAGGAAAUGCCUACAAGAAAGGGGAAAGCCACGAAGAGAGGAAGGAGGAAGUGAAGUGAAGUGCCAUUGAUAUGUUAUGAAUAAUUUGUGAACUUGUCGUGUAGUGAACACCUAUUUGAUCUUGAAUUCAUGAACUUGUCGUGUAGUGAACACCUUAUGUUAUCUUGAAUUCGUGAACUUGUCGUGAAAUGAAAUGAAAUGCACCUUAUGUUAUGAA